AUGACAGGAUCGCCAGUAAAGCGCAGCUUCGCAGGAGCCACUCUAGACUACCUCGGAGCCCGCUUCGUCGGCGCCGGCCCCGAAACAUGCAGUUACACCACCCAAGCCAUUCAAAUCCCCCUACGAGACGGUGUUGAACUGGCUGCCGACCUCUACGAACCAGAGCUACCGGACGGCCAAGCACCUGCCGGUCUCAUCCUGAUUCAGUGCUGCUACGGUCGCGGUGCAGGUAUCUCCUUCCUCAACGCCCGAGUCUUCGCUGCUCGAGGCUUCCAAGCCCUCUUCGUAAGCACGAGAGGAACAUAUGGCUCCGGCGGGAUAUUCGAUCCUGGCAGCAAUGAACAGUCUGAUAGUCAAGAUAUUGUGGUGUGGAUGCGUCAGCAGCCCUGGUAUCACGGCUCCUUUGCGACGCUGGGCGCGUCUUAUCUUGGUUACAGUCAGUGGGCACUUUUGCAUGAUCCCCCAGCGGACUGUGUCGCUGCGGUGAUCCCCGUUGGGCCUCAUGAUCAAGCGUGGCAUACGUGGGGCACGGGCUCGUUCCGUCUUGACCGUGCCUCUUGGAGUGAUAUGAUGUCUAAGAAGGAAGACGAGAAGGGCAGUUUCCUCUCGCUGCUGGCUAAUUUACCUGGUUUGAGCUUUUUGCGGUCGCCGGAGCUUGAUCGUGCGGUCGCUGGGCUUCCAUUGGAAGAUAGUUUGAAGAAGUACUUUGGUGACAGGGCUCCGUGGCUGUUCGAGUACUUGCAACAUCCUGAUGUUGAGGAUAUUUACUGGACCUCACGCCGACACCAGAUUGCCCUUGACCGGGCGAAGAUUCCUAUCCUGCUGAUCAGUGGUUGGUACGAUACGUUCACGACGCAGACAAUGCACCAGUUCAAGCACCUGCAUGACCGAGGCGUGGAUGUGAGCCUCAUCGUUGGCCCAUGGACACACGUCCAAGGCUCGGGUCUCCAUUCGACCCCAGACAUGCUAGACUUCCUCGCCGAACGUCUCGCCAAAAAUGGAAAAUACAAGUAUCCGCCAGCUCGCAUCUUUAUCACCGGCUCUGAGGAAUGGCGCUCAAUGCCUACCUGGCCUCCACCGACUCAACCCAAGACGCUAUAUCUACAAGAAAAUAACAGCCUUGCCUUCAAGCAGCCUAUGCAGGACGCAGGCCCAGCAUUCUUCAUCUUUGAUCCCUUGGAUCCUACCCCCAGUAUCGGCGGCAAUCAAAUGUCUGCCGGUGGACGGGUAGACGACAGCGCCUAUGCAGACCGAUCAGACGUGCUAGUCUUCACGAGCGAGCCUCUAUCCGAGGACCUCGAAAUUCUAGGUAUUCCAUCUGUUCAUCUGAUCCAUACCAGUGAUCCGCCCUUCGCAGACCUAUUCCUGCGAAUCAGUGAAGUCGAUGACCGUGGCGUAUCCCAUAAUAUCACAGAGAUGUACAAAGCACUUGAUCCUUCGCGCGAUACCUCUCAGCCUCUUAUUUUGGACUUGCAAGACUGUGCUCAUCGGUUCCGCGUGGGGACGAGAGCGAGACUCAUUGUUGCAGGCGGGUCAUUCCCAAUGUAUGCGCGAAGCCUGGGGACUGCGGAGAAUCGACUGCGGAGUGAUAAGACAGCCCCUCAGAAGCAUACUAUUACUAUUUCUGGCGGGGUGUCGCAGCUUAUUUUGCCGGUAAAUGCUGCUGUCUAA